AAUCCAUACCCGUUGUUUGAACGGUUACCCGCGGAUACCCGCCGUUUACCAGGUCUAAUAGUAGCGGGAAACCAUCACUUUGCGCCCUCACUACUACUUUACUCUCUGCUUAGUUUUUUGUUACUCAAAGGGAAAGCUCCAAAAAUGGGUUGGUGGAACGGUAGUGAUGGAACACGUCUUCUCAUUGCUCCUGAUUCUAAUGCUACUGAAAGCAGUGGGCGCUUGUUAUCUUUACUCCAUCCUAAAUCAGGAACUACAACUUGCUAUCUCUUUAACAAUGGGGUGCUUCAAGAAAUUAAUUGGUUUAAGCAAUCAUACAGGUCUUGGUUUCUUGGUGAUUAUGUUUGUGAAGAUGGGCGCAUAUUUACUGCCACUCCAGUUGAUCCCGUAUUCAUGAUGCUGCCCCUUUUUCAAGAAGCUAGAAUGAAGAAGGGGGAUGAUCCUGGGAAAUUCAGGCUAUUAGAAGAGAUAAUUUUCGUUAAUGGCUACCCUGGUUAUCAAUAUUUGCUACCUGUUGCUGAGAACUGUAUGCAUGUUGUCUGUGAAACCAAAGAAAUUGGAUCAUCGAUAUUCUUUAGGCUUGAUGACUCUAAGGUUUUAUCUUGGUUAUCCUACAAGGUACGCAAACUGAAAGAGACUCUACCACUUUUAGACAAGAACUAUGCUGCUCAAGAUGAAAAAGAUACAUUAGCAGAUGCGGUUUCAAUAUUAGGGGAGUAUGUGAAGGAUGAACCUUGGUUGAAGCUCUUGUGUAACAAUUUGAAUUUAAAUUUUCCAGUUGAAAGCAUAAAGUCACAAGAGAUGGAAGUUCUUCAAAGUUCCAUGGAAACCAACCUUAAGUCUUCCAAUCUCUUUCAGGGCAAGAACAAAAGCGAGAAGAAGUCCAAAACUGCAAAGCAAACCAAAAAGGCGAAAGUGGAGACUGAAUCAAGGAACAUCAAAGACAUGUUUUCGAGGGCAUCAAGAAGGGGAAGUUGAAUAUCCCUAUCAAAGAAGCAGAGCUGUAUGACACAUUCUCAAGGCUCUGGUGGCUUCAGCAUGGACAUCUUAUCUGCAAUUCUCUGUGUGGAUUUCAAGGAGUUGUUUGUAAAUCCACAAGCACCACCAACAGCCUUGAGCCCUUAUCUUUGAAGGGUGUCUAGUUGUGAAUGAGUUUCAUCUAACUGAAAAAGGUUGAGGUAAAUUUUAUCUGGCUAAAGUGAAUUUUAGGGAUAUGAUUUGAUUCGAGGGAAGACAUAAAAUUUGACUAACUAUUUGUAUCCAUGAAGAAUGAGAACAAAUAGCUUAGAUCUACCUCAAGUCAUGGUUCAUAUUCUUUAAACGCUACUCUAGUCCUAUUAACAGAUGUCUUUUCUUGAGGGUCUGUUGGGAAUAGUGAAGAAAUGAGGGAUCGAAAUUUGUCCUACUAUGUAAUUUUACGUGAUUCUCUUGAUUGAGGAACACCUCUUAACAUUUUCUAAA